CGCGCACUACGAGGGCGUCUCGGUUCUGAACCUUCGGCCCGCGUCUUCUCCCUCUUUACGCGUUGACUCACUUCUUUCGCUGCUUGCCGCUUGUUCCUUUCGCUGUGUUGGUGGCGGCGCCGCGGAUUCUGCGGUGACGGAGGAGGACCGGGGCUCGUUUUGUGCUUCUGCAGUGUGACACUCGCUCGAGCGAACAGCUACCAGCAUUGCUGCCUCAUCUCACGUCGACUGCCUUCCAGAUUUGGCCCGACAUCUUUCGGCAUUUCUGGUCGAUUUGCCGCAAUCCGAUGUAAACGCAUUGCCCGCGCGAACGGUCCAGUCAUAAUGAGUCUCGGUCUAGAAUUUCUCUUCGAGGUGGAAUGCCUAGAUGCUGCGCCGGAGUCUUGCCACACAAGUGUCUCACAGGGAAUCGUAUCACCUACUACUCUAUGCGGACCAGAGGGUAGUAGCUCCUGCGACACGAGGACGCAUGACGCUGCGGACAUGCGAGCACGCCCUGAGGAACACUGCGAGGACAACUUGGAUGGUCUGGAUGAGACGAUGGAUGGGCUCCAGCUGAGUGUCACGAAUAUGAUGUCGGGCACAAUGCUUAUUGAGGAAGCGAUGGAAGAACUGAGGAAAGAGCGAGACAAGUGGGAGGCACAGGCAAAGGAAUACGCGAAAGAGAACGAGACAUUGCGAAAACGUCUCAUUGCGAGGGCCUCAGAAGAUCCAGCUUUUCCUUCGGACGUAGUGACUCGCCUCAACCGGCUCGAGCCAGAGAAUCAGCGGCUGCGAACCGAGAACAACGCACUCAAGAAGGAGCUGGAUACUGCGGAGCGAGAGUACGCAACAUUAUGUUAUGAGAACGAAGGGAAAGGGAGGAAGCUCAAGGGCGCGAACAAGAAAGUCAGGAAUGCGAAGAACGUUGCGGCUCAGGAGGAAGAGAAAGCGAAAGAGGCCGUUCACGACAAGAACCAGCGCCUUGCCUCGGAGCGAAAGAUGAGGAAGGAGAGAAACGAGGCGCUUGCGGAGUUGGAAAAGUUGAAGAAACAGUGUGCGGGAUUGCGUGCAGAUUUGCUCAUCGAGCGCUCCGGAGAUGCACAUCUGCGCGACGACGGAACCGUGGGCGAUGAGACUACUGUUGCGAUUCCGAUCGAGUUCAAGAUCCAUCGCGGAGACUUCCACAAGUUGAGAACGAUGUUUCAGUCGAACCAAAUGAUUGUGCGGGAUAAGUUAGAGAGAUGGUACCGCGAGUGGAGGAAGCCGGAAGAGGAGGGGCGAACGAAGGUUGUUGGUGCGAACUACGUGGAUGCGAAGAACAAUAUUGGAGUGGAUCUAUAUGAUGACGAGGUCACGGUACCAGAGGAAUUGGGCGGAGAGUACCCUCGGACUGGAGCUGAACAUGACGAGUGGCGCUCAAAGCGUGGUCUGGAGGCCGUCUGUCGUCAGGCCACGGCCACGGAUAACGCUUUGCAGUGAGCGGAGCAGUUACACUCUUUGAUUCCUUCGUGACAGGCUUUUUGGUUCGACAAUACAUUAAGCCAUGUGAAGGACUAGUCGGACGCAUGGACCAGAUGUUUGCGUAUCAAUUAUAGCAACACGGUCACAGCUGUUGA